AUGAAGGCCCCCUCCUUGUUCGCCCGGCCUCCCUGGGACAGCUCCCCCAAGCUGGGUAGAGGCCAGCCCCCCAGCCCCCGAGGUGGAGCCAGCCCCAGAGGCAGCCCUGGUCGCGGCCGGACCCCAGCCAGCAGGCAGGAGUGCUGGGUAGAGGAGGAGCGACCAGCCCCUCCAGAUCCACUGUGGCCGGUCAGGGGUAGAGGAUGGCUUCAGGGAAGGCCCCACCGGGGGCCCAGGUUGGAGCUGCUGCCUGCCCGCGAAGUGCCCGUCCUGCCUGGGUCGGUGCCUGAGAGCGCCCCACCUCCUCCGUGGAGACCUGGGUCCAGCAGAGCAGGGGUGAACCAGGGACAACAUCAGUCCUACCUAGACUCAGAGAGAGGAUAGGAGCCCACAUCAACCGUAGGGCUCAGACAUGGUCUGCUUCCAAAAUGGCACCCUACUCCAUAGAGCUCUGGUCUAAAGUAGUACACUAUGUAGGGAAUAGGGUGCCAUUUGGGACGCAGCCCGUACUAAACUAUAGUGUGUUGUACCAGACGAAGAUUUGUGUUAGUUAGUCAGUUGAGAUAA